AUGCUCACAUCGGAUCAAGGACACACCUCUUCGGAGAACAACAACAACAGCCAUGAUGGAGAGGAUCAUCAUGGACCAAUAAGAUCAACAGAUAUUUCUUCGUCAGUAGUACCCUCAUUAUCAUCAAUGAUGGGUGGUGGAAGUACUGAUCUUCAAUCAUCAUCAAGAUCAAACAAUGGGCGAGGAAAUCCACAAUCCUCAUCAUUAUCGGAUGGAGGAGGUCAUGUUAAUUCAUCAUCAAAUACUGAUGAGGAAGGACAUCACAGCUACGUGAAACGAUCCUCUUCAAAAUAUGACUUUGUCAAAGUCCGAGUCGGAUUAGAAAAUCACUACUACAUUCUUUCUCGGUUCAUUGUGAGCAGAAUUUUGACCGUUAUUCAAGUCAAGUACAAAGACUCAAUUAAAAUUGCGUUGGAAUUGAAAAAGACACUUGUGGAUUUGAAUUUAUUGAACAUUCCUCAAGAAGAAUUAGAGAAACAAUUGUUUGAUAUUAUGAGAAAAUAUGGUUACGGAGAUCAAACAAUUACACGAUACAAGCUCAUGUCUCUGUUCCAUCACAAACGUAUACCUUUACUGAUUUUAGUAUUUGGAACAGGCUGUGUUGGUAAAAGUACACUUGCCACUCAGUUAGGAGAGAGAUUGAAUACUCCCAAUGUUGUACAAACCGAUGUGGUUUUAGAUCUCAUCAAUUCGUUUAAUUUACAUAGCAGCAAGAAUGCCAAAUCUUAUGAAAAACAAAUUCCAGUUUGGUUUUCGAAAUUUCCAGACAAGAAAUCCUUUUUAACACAAUACAAGGAGCAAUGUGUAUUUAUGAAAAAAGCACUACAAGGGGAUAUUGAAAAGUGUUUUGGCGACGGAAAAUCAUUGAUCAUUGAGGGAAGUCACAUCGAUCCAGAAAUUUAUAAGGACAUGUUUGAAACUUACAUUUCAAACGAUAAUCAAACAGAAAAGAAGGAAGGUAUUAUAAUCCCGUUCUUCAUAUCUGUCUCUAACAAGGAAGAACAUGAGCUAUUUUUCGAGCAAUGGCUUUCAAAACGAGAGCAUGAUAUUAAUGACAGUCGUACUCAUACAUUAGGAGCCAAUUUUGAAGAAAAGCUUCAGACUCUCUCUGAAAACUUUCAGUACAUGCAAGAAUAUUAUGAAGAAAGUACUAGAAAUAUGCCUUACAUCCAUAAGGUGGUCAUCAAUCAUAGAAGACUUGACGAAACACUGGAUGCUCUGCACAAUUAUGUGUUAGAUAGAAUCUUCUCUGUUGUUGAAAAGAUCAAAGAAUAA